AUGAAAAUCCAUCAAAUUCAAACUGUUGUGAUUUUAAAGAGUGUGAUAACAAAAAUUGAUCCAAACAACAAGACGAUUGUCCUCAACAUGAUAACCAUUCGCUUCUGCCUCGUCCUUUCCAUGGCCUUGUUCCUUCUUUGUGUCCAAUUCACAUUGGCACAAGAACCAUACAAACAAGUGUGUCGUCCAAGUGUGUUCUCCGUUCAAAGAGAUUACCAAAGUGUUCAUUCCAGUAAUUAUUACAAGACCAACACUUCCAUCAUUGUGACCGAUAUCGCUCAUUUCAACAUGCAUCGUAAAAUGUAUCGUAAUGAUGAAAUAUUUGCCGUUCGAAAUGGUUCUGUCAUUCCAUUGAGAACUGUUUUUGAAUUUUAUUCUCCUCAAGACAACAUGACCUAUGUCUACAUGAAUACCACAUUGAAUGAAUGUUCAUGUUCCAAGUAUCAAUCUGAUUUUCUAUCUCGUCCUUUUUGUUUAAAUGUUUCUCCAAGAAUGAAGAUUGAACAAUCGAAUAUGGGACCCAUUCCAGUAACUAUUUACACUUCCAUGACACUUCGUUCAGGUUAUAUUGAAAAAGCUUCCUAUGUGACCAUGCCCACUGGAUUACACAGUGGUGAUGUUGGCAAUGAAGACAAAAUUUCAUGGAUGGUCAAUGUUGACUUGUUCAUGUCCACCGAACAAUCCAAAGUCUCAUCUUCCGAACGUUAUACCAAGCAUGCGUUGAAAUUUGAUGAGAAUCUUGUGUUUGAUCAAAUGAUGAAUUAUGUGAUGCAAUCGAAUGCAUGUCCUCGUAAGAGUGAAUGUGAUGGACCUCAUUAG